GUGCUCAACUCCCUCCCAUACGACCGUCAGGCGGACGUGUUCAGCUUCGGCAUGUGCCUCUGGUCCAUGCUCUCCUGUGAGCCGCCCUUUCCCAAGUGUGAUUACAACGAGAUCUCCGACCUUCUGCAGCAGGGCGUGCGCCCCAUCAUCUCCCCCAAGUGCCCCCCCGACUUGGCGCAUGUGCUGCGCUGCUGCUGGGAGGGCACCCCUUCAUCCCGCCCCUCCAUGCCGCAACUCAUCGCCAUGCUGCGCUCACUCAACGUCUUUGCCUCCCGCCAAGACGACCCUGCCAGGGACGCCAGGCUGGGAGCAUCUGGUUCAGGGGAUGCUGGCUUUCCCAGCAGCACCAGCAGCACUGGCAGGAGGAGUAGCAGCACCAGCAGCAGCAGCAGCAGCAGCAGCAGCAGCAAGCAGGCUGGUGGGGCAAGGAGUGGUGCGGAUGAGAGAAGUAGCAGCAGCACUGCUGUGGGAGGCAGCAUGAGUGAUAACCGCCCGCAGAAAGGAGCCAAGCCGUCGCUCUUCACCUCACUCAGCUCUUCCAUUGGCCGCUUCAGCUUCUCACGUGGUAGAUCCCCGCAAGUGACCCUCCCUCCAGCAUUCUCAACACCCUCACCAGCAGCAUCACCAUCAGCAGCACAAUCAGCAACAUCGCCUAUGCCACUACCAACGUCGGCAUCCGAGUCUGCUGCUGUCUCAGUGGCACGACCAUCAUCGGCAGUAGCGCCUUCAGCAGCGGCAGCAGCAGCAGCAGCAGCAGCUGCUGCUGUGACAGUGGCACGGGACGGAGAGGCGGUGAGAGAACCAGCUGGAAACAUUGCUUUAAACGGCACGCUUGGUACAGUAACGACAAAGGGUCGCUCUGUAGAGAGUGCAGCUCAAUCUGGCUGUCUAGGCCAUGAUUCUGCUGCCGAAAGUAGUGAAGUGACUGUCGAGGGCAACAGCGACAUACAGCAACAACUAGCCUCCUCUGAGCCAACCCCCUCUGACCCAAUUUCCUCUUCUCCCCACCUAAACACUCCCCCUCUCCCUCUCAUACCUUCCUCCUCUCUUCCAAACAAUCCACCCUCUCCUAUACCUCCCGCAUUCCUCCCCUCCCACACUACCACCCCCGCCUUCCUGCCUUCCCCUCCCUCCUCCCCUCUGCACUCCUCCCUCCCGCCCCCCUCUCCACACCCCUCCUCCCCCUCUCGCUCCUCUCACCCCUCCCCUUCCCCCUCCUCCUUCCCCCCUUCCUCGCCCUCUCCUGCCGCUUCUACCAGCCCAGCCGUAUCAGCAGCAACAGCUGCAGGUGCUGCUGCUAUCAGCACAGGAGGUGUGGGGGGCAGAGGGUACGCUAUAGCAGGUCGGGUGGCUGGUGCUAGCCCUGCUGCUGCUGCCGCCACUGCCGCUGCGAAUCCCGAGGCGGACCCUGAGGCUAGUGCCGGAGCUAGUCCCGAGGCUAGCACCGAAGAUAGCACCGGGUGUGUGAAAUGGGAAGGCGGAUCGGCAGCAGAGAGCAUUAGCCCUGUCGGCAGUACUAGGAGCAUUGGGUGGGAUGCAGGGGGGGGCAUAACUGCACCUGCUGGGAAUGCUAGCCCUGCAGGGAGCAUUGGGAGCAUGAGGAGUGUGGGGUGGGAGGGGGAGCUAGUGUCGCCUGCAUGGAGUGGGGAGGCGGGGCAGGCAUGGGUGGGGGAGCGACCGGUGUGGGAAAUAAAGCUGAGGGACGUGGUUCUGAAGAGGGAGAUUGCUAAAGGGUCGACAGGGACUGUGUACAAGGGCAAAUACAAGGACUCCACUGUUGCAGUGCGCGUGGUGCCUUGGAGCGAGGUCGAAGGGGAGAUGUCCGAAGGGGAGCAGUGGGAGCAAAGGCGGGCCAAGUUCUUAAGAGAAGUGACUAUAUGGAGACGACUCAAGCACCCCAAUAUAGUCAAGUUCAUUGGAGCAUCUAUUCCCGAGCACCCUCAAUUAGCGACCACCCCCACCACCACUGCCAGCACCAGCGCUGGUAGAGACGACGGAAAAGACAGGGAAAAAGAGGCAGACAGGGAAGAUGGGGCAGGCAGGGAGAAAGGGGAGGAGAGAGAGAAAGGUGCGGAGAGGGAUAAAGGGGCGGAGAGGGAUAAAGGGGCAGAGAGGAAUAAAGGGGCGGACAAGGAGAAGGGGCCACCAGACACGCGGUUCAAGGGCCAUGCGUUGUGUGUGGUGAUGGAGCAUGUGGAUUUCUGUAGCCUCAAGGAGUAUCUUUUCCGGGCAGCCCGGGAACGGAGGAAGCUACCGAUGCCGUUCAUUGUGCAUGUGGCGUUUGAUCUGGCCAAGGGUCUGGCGUAUCUGCACUCCCUGGGCGUGGUGCACGGCGACAUUUGUCCCGAGAACCUGCUUCUGAGCAGCAAGCGCCGCCUCAAGAUCGCAAGAUUCGGGGCGGCACGAGUGGAGUCAUCCCACCCGGUCAGCACCGCCACUGGCAGCUGCCGACGCACCCUCAGCUACAGCGCCCCUGAGGUGCUCUUCUCCCAGCCCUACGACCGCUCUGCUGACGUCUACAGCUUCGGCAUCUGCCUGUGGGAGCUCUACGCUCGGGAGGCCCCGUUCCCGAACCUAGACUUUGGGGAAGUUGCCGAUGCUGUCAAGGAGGGUGUGCGCCCCAUUAUUUCCCCCAAGUGCCCCCCUGACUUGGCCAAUGUUAUGCGCUGCUGCUGGGAGAACCUCCCUGCUGCACGCCCCUCGAUUCCCCAAGUCCUUGAAAUGCUGAAGAAGGUGAAUGUCUUCGCAGCGCUGGAUAAGGCGUUGGACCGAGUCAUGUCCAUGCCCUGGCGCCGCGAGAAGAAGGCGGGCGACGGCGACGGAGGCCUAGGAUUGGGAGCCGCAUGGCAGGAGAAAGCGGAGCAGAACGGGAAGCAUGUGCUGGGUAGGGCGCGUUCACAUGGAAACGGGGAGGGGAGUUCCGUUCUGGCGGCUGCUGCGGCCGCCGUUGCAGCCGUUCGCAGUGACGGUGACGCGGUGGGCUUAACGACGGGUUUGCCACUAACCAAAUGCGGUAAAGAGACGUGCGCGAAGGACGCGACGAGUAAGGAGCGGUGCGCGGAGGUGGAAGAGGGUGCGGAUGGGCGCCGGGGCGAAGGCGACGUUGCUGUAGCGUCGUGGCAGGUUGAUUUACGGCGAGUGACUAUAAAGAAGGAGAUUUUCAGGGGCGCGUACAGCACGGUGUACAAGGGCACCUUCAGGGACAUGGAUGUUGCAGUGAAGGCCAUCGACUGGGGGGAAGCAGGGUCGUUCUCGCCCGUGCUGCGCGCCAAGCAGAGAGCCGCGCUGCUGCGCCAGGUGCACGUGUGGCGGGGCCUCAAGCACCCCUACGUGACUCAGCUGCUAGCAGCGAGUGUGUCUGCGGACUCUACCCGCUGCACCACGCCCCGUGGUGUGGAUGCGCGUUUGAGGAGCGUGGCGGGGUGUUUGAUCAUGGAAUACGUGGGCGACCUGACCCUCAAGGAGUAUGUGGCUCGCGCUGCCAGGGAGAGGAGGAAGCUGCCGCUGCAUAUGGUCGUGGAGCUGGCUUUGCAGCUCGCCAAGGGUCUGGCCUACAUCCACAGCAGCGGUGUGGUGCAUGGGGACGUGUGCCCCGACAAUCUCCUCCUGACGGACCGCAGGCGACUCAAGAUCUCCGGCUUUGGCGUCGCGCGCUUCGAAGCAGAGUGCAAGGCGCGUGGCCGCGGUGGCACACAGUGCAUUGAUAACUCUGGGGCUGCUGGGGAUAGCUGUGGGAGUGAGGCAGGCAGCUCUGGCAGUGCUGGAGUGAAUGGGGAUUCUCAAAAGGGAGCUGGGGUGGCUGGGAGCGAGGCAGAGGGGGAGGCAGGGGCACAGGCAGAGGCAGAGGCAGGGGCAGGGGCAGGGGCAGGGGCAGGGGCAGGGGCAGGGGCAGGGGCAGGGGCAGGGGCAGGGGCAGGGGCAGGGGCAGGGGCAGGGGCAGGGGCAGGGGCAGGGGCAGGGGUAGAGGCAGGGGCAAGGAUACUGAGGGAUUUGCAGGAUGUGACUCGGGAUGGACAACGGGCGGAGAGGCGUGAAGUAGGGCAAGAUGCGGAGGUGGUGAGAGGACAGGUAGAAGAGGCUGGGGAGGCGAGAGAGGGGAAUGGGGGAGGAGAGGGAGGAAGGGGAGAGGAGGCAGAGGAGGGUGUGGUGGGAGGGGGUGGGGAAGGAGGGGAGGCAGGGGGAGUGCAGCAGGGGGACGGAUGGUUGCCUCAUGACGCCAGUGGGGAGACAGGUUCAGUGGGGUACAUGGCUCCUGAGGUGCUAGCUGGUCUGCCAUACGACCGCCGUGCUGACGUGUACAGCUUUGGCAUCUGCCUGUGGGAGCUGCUGACGUGUGAGACCCCGUUUGACUCGUUUGACUUCAGCGAGAUGGCCUCCGCCAUCAGUGAGGGUGUGCGACCCAUCCUGCCCCACAAGUGCCCCCUUGACUUGGCACGUGUCAUGCGGUGCUGCUGGGAAGGCUCCUCUGCUGCACGCCCCUCCAUGCCGCAAGUCAUUGCCAUGCUGGACAAGGUCAAUGUGUUCAGUGGGAAAGAAAUCCCUGUAUACAACAUCUGA